AUGAAUAUUAGGUCUCAACGGCUGUAACCUAUGCAAUAUGAAUUUUAUGAUAGUAACUAAAGAUAAGAGUCUGCUUUGAAAUAAAAUUCAUUUUCGAAAUUUAACGAAAACAAUGAUGAAGAUGAAUUAGAUUCUCUUAUUUAAUUUUGUAGUUCUUUGAAUAAAAAUUCAAAUAAUGUUGCUAAACUUCCACCUAAAUUGAUCCCUGUGAAUUAAAAUAUUGUUAGAUACUUAUAAUUUAAACCUUGGAAUGGUGUUUUAUAAGAUAAUGUUUAAGACAGUGGCUAUUAUUUUAAGUUAAACAAUUGUAAUAUUAAACUAGUAAGAGGGCUACUAGAAGAAAAUGGAUUUAGAGAAACCAUUGACAAAGAUUGGACAAUUAUGUGGGUCGUUGGAUCUAUAAAAUCGGAAAUAUAUCAAACCAUGAUGGCAUAUUAAAAAGUUAACCACUUUCCUAAGAGUAUUGAAAUUACUAGGAAAGAUUUGAUGAACAGAAAUAUAAGCAAGAUGUAAAUAAGAUGUGGGUUAUCUAACUUUAAUUUUGUUCCUAAAACCUACAUUCUACCAUCAGAGUAAUCUCUGCUUAUAGAAGAUUUUGAAAAGAUUAAAUCCACAAAGUAAUUAUUUAUUGUUAAACCUUAGAAUGGUUCAUAGGGAAAGAAUAUAUUUGUUACUGAUAAGCUAAACGAUAUUCUGAGAGCAAAUGUCGGAAGCGGUUUAGUUGUCAGCCAUUAUGUAGCGAAUCCUCUUUUAAUUAACAAUUUAAAAUUCGAUUUGAGAAUAUAUGUUGCAAUUACUUCUAUUCAUCCUUUAAGAGUAUAUAUUUAUGAAGAUGGGCUGGUUAGGUUUGCAACUUAAGAAUAUCAUGCUGAUAUUGAUCUACUUAAAGAUAAGUACGUCCACUUGACAAACUAUAGCAUUAACAAAAACAGCAAUAAUUUUGUUAGUAAUAAGGAUGCUUAAGAAGAUUUUAAAGGAAGUAAAUGGUCACUUGCAUCUCUUAAAGAUUACUUAAGAGUCAAUGGGAUUAAUGUGGAGCAACUAUUUGAUAAAAUAGAAGACAUGAUAGUAAAAACAAUCAUCUCAAUUGAGGGAUAAAUUUUCAGUUCUUUUGAAAUGCAAGUUCCAUAUAGAAAUAAUUGCUUUGAAGUAUUAGGUUUUGAUGUUUUGAUAGAUGACACAUUAAAACCCUACCUGCUUGAAGUUAAUUUGAAUUCUUCUUUAAAUACUGAUAGUCCUUUAGAUUUAAGAAUAAAAGGUGAAAUGUUAAGCGAUUUAUUUACUUUAGUUGGGAUAGUUCCCUUAGACUAAAGGUACUCAAUCGAUUAGUCUUUCAACUUUACAUUAAAUAGUGCAAUAAAUGAAAAAUAAUAUGCUAACAUAGUCAAUUCGUUGACAUCUAAUUGGGAGUAACAUAAGAAACAAUUAACAAAACUUGAAAGGGCAGUUUUAAAAGAAACUGAAGACGAGCUCAAAAGAUGUAGAAAAUUCAAGAGAAUUUAUCCAGGUGAAACGUGCUUUAAAUAUAAAAAUUACUUUGAAUAAGAUAGACCUUUUAAUAUUUUAUUGAGAAAUUGGGAAAUGGAUAAGGCAAAGAAAAAUAAUAUAAAUCAAAGUUUAAACAAUCAUAAAUACAGUGCACCUGUGAGUAGACAAGCAAAUCAUAGUUCUGCACAAAAAACAUCACCAUCUAACACAAGCUAUUACUAAAAUACUUCUUUUAAUAAAAUUGGAGCCUCCACUUUAGGAUAAAGAAAUAGUUCUUUACUUAAAUCAGUAAAUAUAAAAAGAAACUGA